GAGCUCUCCAUUCUUUUGGCAACGUUCUUAGCUUCUCUGCACUCGGGCACUCGUUUGGUCUUCCCAAUUAUAUAGAUCACCUUCUAAUCUUAAUUCAACUUACCAGUCUUUCCCGUCAAGAUGAGAUUCUCCGCCAUCUUCACCCUGGGUCUCGCCGGCGCCGCCCUGGCCACCCCUCUCGUUGAGCGUGCUUCUUCUCCCGCUGACAUCAUCGCCGAGAUCAGCUCCAAGACCGAUGCCCUCGACUCUGCCAUCAAGGGCUACAGCGGCGGUGAUCCCUCCAAGGUCGAGUCCGCCUCGGCUGACCUGGUCUCCACCAUCACCAAGGGCACCGAGACCAUCAAGGGCGGUGACGAGAUCAGCACCAGCGAUGCUCUUGGUCUGCCUGGCCCCGUCCAGGACUUGACCAAGAAGGUCGAGCAGGCCGUCGAUGACAUUAUCGCCAAGAAGGACCAGUUCGUCAAGGCUGGUGCUGGCGGCAAGGUCAAGGAGUCCCUCAACCAGCAGAAGUCUGCUGCCGAUGGUCUCGCCGAUGCCAUCACCUCCAAGGUCCCUGAGGCUCUCAAGGACAUUGCCAAGAACCUCUCCGCUGGUAUCAGCAAGGCCAUCCAGAAGGGUAUCGAUGAGUACAAGGAUGUUUCCGACUCCGCCCCCUCUUCCAGCGCUGCUCCCACCGAGACCGCCUCUGCCACCGACAGCGCCAGCGCUACUGAGACCGGCAGCUCCUCCGCUACUGGCUCUGCCUCUGCCACCUCCUCCGGCCCUGUGAUCCCCACCUCCUCCAGCGGUGCCAGCUCCUCCGCUGUCCCCUCUGGCUCCAGCACCCCCACUGGCUCCGGCUCUGCCUCCGCCACCUCUCCUCCCUUGGCCACCGGUGCUGCCAACAAGGCCACCAUCGGCUACUCCCUUGGUGCCGUCGCCAUGGCCGCCAUUGCCGUCGCUGUCUAAGUGAUGAGUACCCAUGGGAUGAUCCCAUCGUCCUUCAACGACUCUUGACGAUGGUGAUGAAGACAAGCGCCAUGACCGAUUGGAACGAUUAGGAAAGCAGUGUGGGCUUGUUCUGUAUAUUUUAUUCUGUCUCACCGAUUAAUGUAACGGGCACUGCCUGUAUAUACCGCAUUGGAAAUUCGCGAUAGUCUAGUAAUGGAUUAUAUUUGCUGAUUGA